CGCAUUAGUCAUCUUCACACUUUGGGGGGUUGUGCUGGCUGUCACAGGAAGUAUCUGGCACUUUAUUUGUCAGUCACAUCACAAGAGGAAAUGAUGGAUAUUGUCUAUAGCACUUAUUUAUUUGUCUUUCUUUUAUGCAAAGUGGCGUGUGACGACGCAUCGCCCUGGACCAUUGACUUGCCGUCUUCAGUCCAAGGACUCCCUGGAUCUUGUGUGGUCAUUCCGUGCUCAUUCAACUUUCCAAGUCCAGAAAAGCCAGUCAGAGAAUUCACUGGGCUUUGGUUCAAUGAAGAAAAUCACCUAGUGUACCACUCUGCUAGAGAAGCACUACAGGAGUAUAACGGUCGAACGGAGAUGUUGGGUGACAUAAGAGCCAAGAACUGCUCCUUAAAGAUUGACCCUCUUCAACAAAGCGACAACGGUCCCUUUCAUUUCAGGAUCAAAAUGCCAGGCUUUGAUGUGUUUUCUUACAUUCACAACACUGUUUCCAUCCAAAUGAUACGUGACCUAAAACCUCUCUGUAUGGCUGUGAAGGAAGAGACUGACAAUAACAACAUGACUGCAGUCUGUUCUGUCACACACUCAUGCCCCGCAUCUCCCCCGGUCUUCUCCUGGAGUCGCUCUGGACAACAACAAUAUGAGGCACAAGUGCUGACCAAUGGUCAAUGGAAAGCUACUUCCACCUUGACUUUUACUCCCCAUGCUAACAACAAGGACAAGCAUUUGGAAUGUUCUGUGACAUACAAAGGAGGACAGCAACAGAAAGCAUCCCACCCCUUAAACAUCAAAUAUGCACCUGUGGAUGUCAAAGUUGAAUACAAAGUGGACGUCAAGGAGGGAGAGGACGUGCGCCUGAAAUGCAGCUGUGACGCUAACCCUCCUGCCAGCAGCUACGAGUGGCACGACAACCUGGGUCAUCUCCUGUACAGAGGGCCCUCCUUCAAUCUGCUCAAUGUGUCCAGACACACAGGCGCCCAUUACUGUACUGCCAUCAACAUCAUGGGAAAAACUCAAUCAAGGCCAUUGCAGCUUGAUGUAGCAUAUUCCCCUGUUAUUAAAGCGUCUUCCUGUUCCUCAGAGCGAAACAUGGUCAACUGUAUGUGCGUUGCAGAGUCCAACCCCCCCAGCAGUGUCCACUUUCUGCUUCCCAACGGCACCGCUCUACCAGAACCCGAAAUAAAGAUACAAAAGCCACUUACCAACGCAACUCUGCAGACACUUUUGCCUUCUUUUGGCUUGGUCUACUGUGUGGUGAAGAACAGAGUAGGCAGUGCGAGCGUCAACAUCACUUUAGCUGGAAAAAUGCCAGAUCUUUAUAUGUAUAUUAUCAGUGCAGCUGGAGCAGUUGGGGUGAUGAUGGUGAUAAUUGUCAUAGUAGUGAUGGCAAAAAAAUGUGGGCGAACAAGCAACGUAUCUGCUAUGGAGGCCCAGAAAACAGUGGCUCCCCUUCAAACUGUCACCAAAGGAGCAAGGAAAAAGGCGUUGUGCGGUCAGACAAGCAUGUACAGUGAUCAUACCUAUGGAAACUUGGGAGAGGUUGAGUGGACUGCAGAGUGCAAUGCAAUUUACGCCAACCUGUAAAAUGGACCCUUGAGUAUGAUGUCAGUAUUAUCAUUAUAUCAUUUUUGGGGCAAAUAUGUACAUAUAAGUAUACAUAUUAAUAUAUAUAUAUAUAUAUAUAUAUAUAUAUAUAUAUAUAUAUUAUGUUCCCAAUUAAAGGGGACCAUAUUUACUUCUUGGUACCUGUUUUUGUGUAUUUGAAAUCUGCAUAAGUAACGAAAAUGUGAAAUCAAACCAUAGAGGCACGGCAGGGAUAUUUAUAAAACAAUCUUGUCUUCCUUCAUACUUCCUCCAAACGAGCAGUUUGGAAAUUGUCCUAAUGUGUGACGUUUUUCUGACUCUUUACGUCAGCGGAUAUCGCCAUAUAUGGUAGAAAUUUACCCAAAGUGCGUUGCACGAGUCCGCCAUUGUUGUUCCUUCUUUUCUUCUAUCCUCGUGUUGUGGGGCAGACUGGCUCGUGCAUGCACAUGCUGUGGCCAUUACUAAUACGAAGCCGCAUAUAGUUCUCACUUAUACUGUAUAUGUCAGUAGAUUUGCUAUGGAAGCGCUAAAAACUAUAACAUGGCUGACGGGGAAAAGUCGCAGUCUAGGUGGAACCACCUAGAGACGGUCAGAAAGUGGCUGGAAAACAACUAUGCAACAUUUGGACCAAAGAACCAUCAUUACAUGUUAUGUAGACCACAAGGACGUGUUUUAAAUGUAGGAAUAAUUAAUAAUAAUACAAGGCAAUUGUUUGCAUGAUUUUAUUAUACGAGAUAUCAGUCUCUUUGAGUACCUACACAAUUACUGUCUAUAUAAACAUGUGUCAUUACUUGUAAAUAACUUUGUGAUUGAUGUUCUCACAUUACUUAUUUGUUCAUAGGCUGCCUUAUAAAAAAAUCCAAUCUGCAUUUCAACACUCUUGAAUAAAAUUUUGACAGAUCCAA